GCGCCAAAGAAAGGCCUUCAACCUUGAACUUAAUUCGAUUCAUUACUGACUUCAAGUUGUAUUCCGUGGAAACAGCAAGUGUCUUAUUUGCAGCAAGCAACAAGAUGGUUUGCCAUAAAGUUUUCUCUGCAAUUUUGAUAAUAUUUUGUCACAUUCAUGCCAACUUUGGUGCGCCGAACAGCGACCUGGAGAUAAGGUAUGGUUAUACCUACAACUUACAACAUUUUGCAAACCAUUUAGUAGAACUGAAUUAAUUGUUAGCUAAGCUUUUGGAUAUAACCCAGUAUUAACUUGAGCAUAUGCACGUAAAUAACAAAGUUGCGAGGUCUGUGAGCCGUAAAUAUCAAGAAAUCAGUGUUCGAUGGACGCGCUACGGAGCGACUGAGAAAGCUUGCUUGUUCCGAAGAAACUGGAUUUAAAUAACCCACGUACUGGGAAGCUGUUCGUUUGAAUCUGUCCUUCAGAAGCCAUGUACUACAGUAGCUUAUUUUAAUAUCUGCGAAGAUCAAUAGGGUGCGGAUGUAUAGCAUGCAGUGAAACUUCAAUAUAAUUUUAAAACAAGCUUGUAAAUGUAAACAACAGUCAUAAACAGGUUUAGCUAAUUCGUUAUUGAUCACUGGUUCAAUAUAUAGAGAUGAAGUAAAUAAUGAAAAUGUUGUUCAAUCGGAUGUCCAAGAUCCAAACUGUCCACCACAAGGCCUGCCUGGAAGGGAUGGUAAGUAGCCAGACAUUGUUUUUUAUAUAUCAUUUUUUAUUAAAUAGUAACGUAUAUACAGGACUAAUCUCUGAAACUAAAUAGAUAGAUAGAUAAUAACUGCAUGUUAUAGAUUUCAUUUUGGAGAGCAUAAUAGAAAACAAAAUGUUAGUGAGUCUUAAAAGAAAUAUCUUUGAUAUUAUUUGCAUAUAUAUUUGAAUAACAAAUUUCUUCGCUCUAUUUAGCGGCGAAUAUUGCAAGGAUAUCCGGAGUCGAGCAACAUUUGAAUUGCUUGACUUAAGUCAUUGAUCCCUCAUACCAUUUUAUGCCUAUACGAUCUAACCAUUAUAAGAAACUCUAUUUUUAAGUCUUCUCCCGUUUCGUUGGUGCUACUGGCUCUCGACUUCUGCAAUUAAUUAUGACUAUUUUGCAUCUAUGACACAAAAAUCCAGAUGGAUUACGUUAUAUAUAGCCUUAUUAUAAAAGCAUGUUUAAAACAUCAAAAAUAAUUACUAAAUAAUUAUUUAUAGGCUACAGAGACGAUUGAACUCCAUUUAAAUGAAGCUUUAACACCUCUCCUAUCGUUUCAUUAACAAAUCAAAUUAGACAUAUCAUGCAUGAUAUUUUAUAUGCAAUAAUUAAUAGUUACACGAUUGUGUUGCCUUGACAAGAGCAGAAGUAAAUGCGAAGCCACCCCUUGUUUUAUCUUAUCUUCAAUUUCUUGUCAUAAAAUUUUUCGUUUCCACAGGCCGAGAUGGACGUGACAGUAUUGUUCCAGGUAGGCAACAGCAAAUUUCACGUGUUAAAGUAACUCCAUAGCAUAUUUCAUUAAGUUCGUUCUGGCAAAAAUUAAAACUUGUUAUACAAAUAUAUAUUCACGACUUAUAUACGUAUAAUCUUGUUUGUAUAUACCUUUAUUGUAACAGGAAAGAUUAUGAAAACCUCCUUCUCGCGUAUUUAUAUAAAUGCAAUAACAUUUCGGGAAACGUAAUUCGUGGAGCCAUUGAUACACGACCAUUUGCUCCUUACAUGUUAACGAGGGGCUUGUGUUAGCUCGAUAGACGAAUUGGUAACCUUAUUCAUAAAAUUUGACACAAAUACAUGAUAGCUUACUGCAGAAUAUAAACUAAACUGGGUGGGGGGGGGGGAGAAAAACUGGACUUCAGACAAUUAAAACAUUCAGUAACUGCGUUGUAGUGUAAUUAAUCUUAAAUUAUUGUUAGCCAGCCUAUGGUGGAAAAAUUAAUGAAUAAUUGGAAAUUAUCGAAAUUACUGUAAUAAUAAUAUUUCGAAAUUAUCGAAAUUUGCUUAUCAUAUGAAAACAAAUUUAAAAGAGUAUGGCUCAAUUUCUUUUCAAUUAGGAAAAUUGACACACAUAUAUAUAUCUAUUUCGUUUUCAAUUUUGGUAAGGUCCACCUCGCGCUUAUUUUUCAGAUUGUCUAUCCAGAUAUGAUUUCAGAUCAGUUGACGAAAAAAAAUUACAUAUUUCCUUUAGGACCACCGGGAAAAACUGGACCUCAAGGACCUCGAGGUUACCCAGGAGCAGGAGGGGGUUCUGGAGGAUCCGUGUAUACAAGAUGGGGUAGGAAGAGCUGUCGCAGUGGGACUACCCUGUUAUAUUCGGGUGUGUAUAUCAUUCGCUGUCUUAAUAUUCAAACGUUUAGGCUUUUAUUAUUCUAGUUAGGAAAUCCAGUUUGGCAAAAGUUGUGCGGAAAACUUGAGCAAUAAAAUUGAUGGAAAACUUUAAUGCCGAUUUACACUAAAUAACGUUUGCAUAAAACGUUUGCUUAAAACUGUGGACGAAUGAAACCUGCGUACAACUUGAGUUAUAUUGUGUAAAUCAAAUUACGACAAUAUAGGCGAGUUGUGCUCAUCAUUUACAAUUAUAACUCAACUUGAGUAAACAGGUUGCAUUCCAGAGAUUUAGCCAAUAGUUGUGUAGUGUAAAUCGGUUUUUAGACGCCCAGGCCCAUGAUAUCAAGAUCAAUGAGAAAUAAAUUCGUGCGCGAAACAUGAAAAUGGCGCUUUGAUUCGUUUCUUCACAAUUAUACUGCUUUUCUCUUGCAGGUGUAAUGGGUGGCUCGCAUUAUACUCACGCUGGUGGUGCUUCAAACCGUCUCUGUAUGCCACUAGAUCCAAUAUACAGUAAGACUGUGAAUGGCAACCAAGGUUAUUCAUAUGUAUAUGGAAUUGAAUAUGAAAUGAAUGCACACGCACCUCUUUUCCCGAAAAAUCUUCACGACCAUGAAGCAGUAUGCGCCGUGUGCUUUGCUGAGUCACGUGGAAGUCAGGUGAUGAUCCCUGCUCGCAACGUCUGUCCAAAAGGUUGGACCCAAGAGUACAACGGUUACUUAAUGUCGGAACACAUUUCACAUAAACGAAGUGAAUUUAUUUGCGUAGAUGGUGCCCCAGAAGCUAGACCAGGAACUCAAGCAAACUUAAACGGUGGUUUGUUGUAUGUAGUCGAGAGUCAUUGUGGUUCUUUGCCAUGUCUACCAUAUAUACAAGGUGCGGAACUGACAUGCGCAGUUUGCACCAAGUAAUCAACAUUCACCAUUUACAUGAUCUAUUAACGUCAUUAUGUUCUAUAACGUCAUUACAGUAUGUUUUUAUUAUUCCAUUGUGACGAAUUCUUAAUAAACGGUUUGGUAAC